UUCGAGACGACCCAAUUCUCCGAGUCUAAACCCCUGACGCCCUCGGGAGUGCCUUGGCCUGUUUUGAUCGGUCCGAACCGAUUUUAUGUGGGUAUGUUGGAGGAUUGGACGCUGGCCGACAAGUUCUUUGAGCGUGCGAGGAGAUCUCUUCCUUUUGAUGCGUACAGGGAUCUUAUUUCUAGGACUCGGCAGACGUUCCAUCCAGACCGGUGGAGAUCGAGG